AUGCCAUUCAUUGUGAGCCGCGAUGAAAAUUCGAACGGAAACUUGGCUCUCGCUGCACCGGCUUUCGAUGAGGAAAAAUUACUCGUCUACCGAGAAAUUUAUUUUGAUGGCUUUAGUACGGUCAUCGCGGCUCGAGACCUCACUUCAGGAGCCGCUGUGGCUGUCAAGAAGAUUGAUUUUGCACAACUAGGCAACUGCUUCUCGGAGGUCAUCCAGCUUCAGAGGCGAUUAACCAGCAAGGUUCGGAAACAGGUGGCAAGGAUUAAGGCUCUUUCACAUCCGGCAGUAAUGAAAAUGUUGGAUUUCGUUCUCGAACCGACGCGGUUGGUGGUGAUAUCAGAAAUGUGCCUUUUUGGUGACAUGUUUAACUGGAUGCUUCAGCAGCAGCACUUACGUUUUCGAGAUGUUUUCUUGAUUAUCCACGGAUUGUUUCAGGCAUUUCAUUUCCUCCACGGGAAGGGCUACACACACGGUUCCCUUAAGCCAACUAAUAUUUUAUUUCAAACAAUAUCCCCGCAUUCUCUUGUAGUGCUGCCGGAUCUGAGCGUGAAAAAGGAAAUCUCUCAUCUCCUAAACGAUCCUAUGCUCAGCUGUAUAAGUUGCGCUGCCCCGGAAGUUAUCAGGGACUUGGUGAAGACUCAGUACGAACCGCCAAAAAGCGCUCCAAACCCUGAGGAUGACAGUGAAUUAUUUGGCACAACCGCUAUGGACGUCUGGAGCAUUGGUGCAAUAGCUCUGAUCGCACUUACUGGAAUCAAUUAUUUUCAGUACGAGACAUUCGAUGAUCUCGGGAAACCCGUCGAAUCAAGGCUGGAACGGGCCUUUUCUCAUCCAAUACUUUCCUUUUGUGGCCCUAAGAUUAAGGAACACUUGUGCAAGUUCCUUGAAGUUGAUCCUGAAAAAAGGGCCACUGCAGCAGAGGGUUCAGCUCUUGUUUGGCUGGAGGAGGCCGAAAUAGCCAGCGAUGACAGAAACCUCCUAUUUCUGAUGGAGUAUGACCUGAUGAACACGUGCAAAUAUUUCAGACUUUAUGGUCAAAAAGUGACGAAAAAGCUUUUUUCUCAAGCAUACACAAGGGAAGAUGUGCGCUAUUCUCUCCGAUCGUAGAAGGCUUGCAAAAGUUUAGCGCGCACUUCCCCUAAGCUGGGCUUUAGUGCUUGUUUUGACUGCUUAUAGCAAAGCCAAGCUUCGCAUUUAAUUAUCAAAUUUUUGAAUAACCGCCCACCGAGUGCAUUUUUUGGCUUUUUUACUGACGGCGUCCCGAAGUGGGUACUACCAAUGAAUUGAAUUCCUGCACAUCUAGGUUGAUUUCGAAGUUCAACCCAUAACAAUAAAGAAGACUCUGAGCACUCCUUGCGUAAAGACCAUCUAGUGCACAAAACAGCUUAGGACGACGAUUCUUCUCUUGUGCUGCUGAAUUCUAUAAACAUAUGCUUAGAUGACUAUGAAUCAGGUGUUGGUUUUUCUAAAAAAUGCAUUGCUGCCUCCUCUAUUAACAUGCUUGUUAAUAGUCUGCAACAGAAAAAUCAGCACUAAUGGAUUCAUUGCGUAGAGACAUGGAUUACUCAUCUGAGGGUUGAGAUUAAGACCCCUAAUUGGGGCUGAAUCCAUUAUCAUACGAGUUAUCGUAAUUCGUCUCUUUCUUUGGCAUUCGCUACCAAAGUUUGACCGAAAACCAGGCUAGACAACGGAGAGGCUUAGGCAGAAAACGUAGAUUCCUGGGCAGCAACAUAUUUCUUUGGGACCAAAUCCAAGCACCUGGAUAAACAGCGGGACAGUGGGCAGGGGAUUAGGCAAGUUAGUGCAAUGGGUGCAUCAGACAACUCGAUGUCCAGAAAAUACUAACAAGGCUGACACGAAUUAGGAAUUAACCGAAAAUACUGGCAAAAGCAAAAAAACUAAACUUUCCUCACAUCUGAGUAUGAGAAACGUUGCGCUCCAUCUCGCUUGAUAGGCCACAAAAGAACUUGAAACGGGCGAAAAGCUUAUUUGCAGAGACAAGAGACCCAUAUAUCAAAGUAGAGAGAUAAACAGCAGUAUGUGAACAACGCUAAAGGGUUUAUGGGAUGCACGGUCACGCCAGUUUCGCCAAUGCGGUUGGAUGGUCGUUACAGAGAUUUGUAUCCACGGGGAGUAUUGUCGGAGAUACGCAUCCAACGAGUUCGCCACACAAAAAUAUCAUUCUCGACACCUUCUAGGGCUGUUGGAACAGGCAUGACCUCGUAUGUAGCAAGUGCUAGUCAGCCUGGUAACCGUCAAUGACCAGUGGGUUAAACCAGAUGAGGUUGUCUGGCGUGUGUGUGUCUUCUGACUCUUGGUAGUCCCUCGAUCAAUUUCCAAACUUCCUCCCCAUCCUCAAAGGGGCUGGUCUUACGGAGCGGGUUACAUGCAAUACCCCAGGCGGCCCUGAGUAAUUCAAUUCAUCUUCCCAGUAAAUGAACGUCCUGACCCAUAGUGGAAUUCGUCAGCCGUCUAGGAUGAUUCAUCAGCCCAGCUAGGGGGUUGCACUGCUUCUCCUCUCGGGGAUAGGGAAGAGGUUAGGAAGUGUUCUUAACAAACGCUGGAUAUUUAAACAGUCUGGCUGUGUCUUUUCGAUGCAAAACACGCAGUCGAAGCAAUAUGCAAAACACCCAACCCCAUUCCUCCCCACAGGCUGCCAGAGUUCUGGACGUCCCAGAAGUGGCUCACUAAAAAGCUGCCAUCGCAGAUGCCAGCAAGACUCAAUUCUGCGAAGAAGGACAACUAGAGGACGUGGACGCCGCGCACACACACUUCUGUAGUGAACGUCCAGUGAGAAUGCAACAGGGGGCCGUAGUCGCGCUUGCUAUCAAGGGCGACAAUUUAGGCGCCUCGACUGUCCGCCGCAGGGCCUCAACGAUUCUCUCGUAACUCUGCGCUAGCCUAACCUCGGAGGCAAAUUCAUUACCUUCGUCGGCGUCUAAGUUCUUUCCCCCUCCCCCCAGUCCAGAUGCGAAGUUCAUAUGAUGUAAACAAUCUCUACAAACACCUGUAAACCCUUGUCGUGAAGCUGACGAAAGAAGAUAAACUGAUUGUCCUCAGCACCUUCAAUACCCGCUUCGGCACAGACAACGUCGACUGGCAGGGAGUGCUUGAUUGUCACCGAGUCGGUGCGCCAAGUGCGCUGCCAUGGAAGGCUCCCGAUUGAGGCCCAAAUUCAGUCCACACAGUCUGCCCAGUUAGGUGUGCGUGUGUGGAAUGGCGGACUGGUGGACCAAGAGCCAGGCCGUCACGGAUCCGUCUUAACUGGUCUGUAACAAUCUCACGCAUUUGCGGUGUGUGCGUUUGACGCCGCCAUCACCCGUCUGUCUCAAGCGGAGACCAACACCGAUCUCGACCCCCCGCUACCUCUCCAAGAAACCAUCAGGUCCGUGCAGCUCUCCGGCUGGAAAGUGCCAGGAUCGAACGCGAUUCCCGCUGAGAUCCACAAGCACGUUGCCCCACAACUCAUAGGCCAUCUGAUGACGCUCUUCCAGGAGAUGUGGCGUCAAGGAGAAGUUCCACAGGAUUUCAAGGACGCCAUAAUCGUCCACCUCUAGAAGCAGGAAGGUAAUCACCAGCUCGGCGACAAUCACCGAGGCAUCUCCCCGUUAAUCAUCGCAGGGAAAGUAUUCGCUCACAUCUUUCCCAACCGUCUGAACAACCAUCUGGAACAGGGCUUUUUGCCGGAAAGCCAGUGCGACUUCCGCCGUCAUCACGGAACCACGGGCGUGAUCUUCGCCGCCCAACAAAUGCAGGAGAAGUGUCAGAAGAUGCGGACCCUCAUCUACUUUACCUUCGUGGGUCGGACAAAAGCCUUCGAUACGGUGAAUCGCGAAGGACUGUGGAAAAUCAUGCAGAGAUUUGGCCGUUCUGAAUGGUUCACUUAGAUGGUGUGUCAGCUCCACUAUGGCAUGAUGGCGCGGGUUACCGACAAUGGAGCCGUCUCAGAGGCACUUGCAGUGGCCAACGUAGUGAAGCACGGUAGUGUUCUUCCGUCUACCCUCUUCAGUCUCAUGUUCUCCGCCCCACUGAUGGACACCUAUCGUGACGAACGCCCUGGGAUCCGCAUCGUCUACAGGACGGACGGCCACCUCCUCAAUCAACGGCGGAUGCACUUCCAAUCGCGCGUGUCCACAGCCACUGUCCAUGAACUUCUCUUCGCCGACGACUGCGCCCUCAACACCACCUCGGAAGAAGACAUUCAACGGAGCGUGGUCCUCUUUUCCGCCGCCUGCGAAAUCUUCGGUCUGGUCAUCAACACGGAGAAGACGGUGGUCAUACACCAACCGCCGCCCAAGACAGCCCCCAAUGCGCCGCAAAUCAGCGUGAACGUAACCCAACUGCGAGUGGUGGACAGCUUCACGUAUCUGGGAAGCACCCUCUCCUGCAGCACCAAAAUCGACGACUAAGUGGCCCGCCACGUUUCGAAAACCAGCCAGGUCUUCGGCCGUCUGCAGAACAACAUCUCGAACCGUCACGGUCUCCACCUCAACAAGAAGCUGAAGAUGUACAUGGAGCGGAGACCUGGAACGUCUACAAGAAGCAGGCGCGAAGACUCAAUCCAUUCCACGCCAGCUGUCUUCGGCUGAUACUGAAGCUGAGAUGGCAGGACCGGAUCCCCGACAGUGACGUUCUAGAGCGGACGGGAAUUCUCAGCAUCCACACCAUGCUGAGACAACUGGAGCAGCGUUGGAGCGGCCAUCUCGUGCGGAUUGACAACGAGCGGCUACCCAAACAACUCUUCUAUGGAGAUGUUGCCAUGGGUUCCCGCCGCCAAGGGGGCCAAAUACGUCGAUACAAGGAUACUUUGAAGACCUCUCUGAAGUGUCUGCAGAUCAACCCGGCCAAAUGGGAAGACCUCACUCGAAACCAACCUGGAGGAGGACAGUGAAGACAGACGCAGCAAUCUUCGAAGUCAACCGCAUAACCGCCGCGAAAGCCAAUCGAGAAGCCCGCAAAUCUCAGCUGCGCUCACCUCGCAAUGCCAACGCACAACCGCUUCCAACGUGUCCACGGUGCCAGCGUACAUUCUGGGCACCAAAUGGGCUUGUUUGACACCAUCGGACCAACUUCAGCACCCAGAGUGCACCAACCGUCACCCCUCCGUCCACCUCUCCCUUGUCUUCUUCGCCCUCAACUAAAUCUGACCGUCCUGCCGAACCACCAUUUCCAUCCUCCUCCUCCUCCUCCUCCUCCUCCCCCACUGCUUCAAGGUCUGUCGCUGUGGCGUUUGCCACGCACAUCAACAUGACAAACAAUCCUGACACACCAAAAAACACCAACACCACCGUCGACACCAGUGGUGAGGACUCUGUCUAUACCUGCCUUCAUUGCGGCCGCACCAUCGCCUCAAACAUCGGCCUGGUCGGUAACUUGCGAAUCCAUCGCACAAAGAUUAGCGAACCAAGGCCUGGAGUACCAAUCUACACCCACCGCAUUCGCCUCCGCCGUCCACACUGCCCUACCACAUUCAUGUGCCGCGUGGGCCUAUUCGUCCAAAUGCGUAUCCACGAGAGCGGAAUUGACAGCAGCCCUGACACACCUAGCACCUAUAGCACACCCACCACGCCUAGCCCCGCCCACGCUCCGCGGACAAGCGCACCCACCGCCACCAGCUCCUCCACACUCAGUACAUCUUGCACUCCCACUAUGCUCAGCCAACCAACACCCCAUCGCCCAAGAGCAUCCACUACCACCACCACCACCACCACCGAAGUUGACACCGACACCGCCGACUUCUCAUGUCUACACUGUCCCCGUACAUUCACCUCACGCAUCGGCCUGGUCAAUCACUUUCCAAUCCACCGCACAGAGACUGGCGGACCAGUGCCUGGAGCACCAGCCUACACUCGCCGCAUCCGCCUCCACUGUCCACAGUGUACUCGCACAUUCAUUCACCACAUGGGUCUAUUAGGCCACAUGCACGACCACGGAAACCUGCGGUAG